GCUGUACAAAUAUGGGAGAAAUACAGGAAGGUGCACUCAUCUCUACUGAUCGACAUGAAUUCCUUCAUGCUCCAAGUGUUGGUGGUCUGCCUUGUCUCAGGUCUGGCAUUUACAGCACCGAGUUUGAAGAAAGCACGAGUGCCUUUGUGUUCUAGGUACGCCGAUCCAUGUGUGUAUGAGGAUAAGCCAAUCUGUGGGACAGACGGCCACACCUACAGCAGUGAAUGUGUGCUCUGCGAAGAAAACAGGGCGCGGACUGUGCAGUCCCUAAUUCAACAUGAUGGCCCUUGCCCUUUCCUUCCUCUACAAGCAAGGAUGAUGAAGAAACCCAAUCAACACUAAAACUACAAUUUUAGCCUGCAGUGAUGACAAAUUAAUCUUGGAACAUCUAUUCUACUGAUUUAAACUGCUUUUAUAAAGUUUAUAAAAUGUUAAAGCUUAA